AUGGCCUUGACGGACCGGAUUCUUCAUUCGAUCUACGGCCUCCCGCCUCCAACCAGUGGCACACGCAAAGAGCCAAUGCAAGUGCUGGCGAUCGGAAUUUCACGAAGCGGAACCGACAGUCUUCGUGAAGCAUUGCAUAUUAUUGGAUUCAAUCACACUCACCAUGGGUUCGACACAAUCCUCCCUCCCUCAUCCUUAGAAGGGAUAUAUCGCCUUUUGCAAAAGAAAUACACCAAAGCCCCAGACCCCGGAAAGACAACAAAGCUGACCGCUGAAGAUUUCGAUGCCGUCCUACUGAAUAGUGUGGGUGUCAGCGAUUUAUUCGCAGCAGAGUUCGCCCCGGAACUCAUCGAAGCCUACCCCGAUGCCAAGGUCAUACUCAAUGUCCGCCGGGAUCUUGACAGUUGGCACCAAAGCAUGCAAAACACAAUGGGUUAUUUCGACAGGAAUCCUCUUGACUGGGACCGGUGCAAAUCUUGGUUUAGUGCAGAGCUUUUCUGGGUUCGCCAGACCAUGUCAAGAACAAUGAUGCCACGAUUCUUCAGGGGGAGUUUCCACUCAAACGGGAAAUGGGUCUAUGAGCAGCAUGUGGCGAUGGUUAAAGGCCUUGGUUUGCCAGAAGAUCGUCUUCUCGAGUGGACUGUUGAAGAUGGAUGGGAGCCUCUUUGUGUGUUUCUGAACAAGCCAGUGCCUGGCGUUAAGUUCCCCAAUGGGAAUCCUCCCAAGGCAUGGGCAGAACGGAUUUCCAAAACAAUGGAGGCUCAUCAUAAGCGCGCCGUAAGGAAUAUGCUUGUUUGUGGAGCGUUGAUGCUUAUAAUUCCCCUUGUGUGGGGGACAAUUUCGGCACAAAUUUGGUGA